GCUCCUCGCACCUCCCCUUGGGCAGCCCUUUCCAUUGGCAAGCCCAUACUCUACCUCAGAAGAGUAUUUCUGCUUGAAGUCAGAGGUUGUGUCUUAAAAUACAGGAGAGGAGGGGAGGAGAAAAUCAAUGUGUCAUCUACGGAUGAGGCAAAAAGGAGAAAUGGGAAAUCCUUUAUCUGGGAAAGGAUGCCACAGACACCUCCCUUUGCAGCAAUGUUUGACAGCAGCGGCUACAACAGGAAUCUGUAUCAGUCAAAAGAGGAUGGCUGUGGAGGACUCUAUUACCACGAUAACAACCUCUUGUCAGGGUCUCUGGAAGCUCUGAUUCAGCACUUAGUGCCCAGUGUAGAUUAUUAUCCUGAUAGAACAUACAUCUUCACCUUCCUUCUCAGUUCACGCUUGUUCAUGCAUCCCUAUGAGCUUAUGGCCAAAGUUUGCCACCUGUGCAUUGAGCAACAGAGACUAAGUGAGCCUGGCCAGGACAAGAACCGAAUACGAAAAAUUGCUCCCAAAAUCCUGCAGCUCUUGACAGAAUGGACAGAGACAUUUCCUUAUGAUUUUCGGGAUGAAAGAAUGAUGAGAAACUUAAAGGAGUUGGCACAAAGAAUAACCAGUGGUGAUGAGAUGUAUCGGAAGAACGUCCAGCAGCUCCUGCAGAACCUGCUUCGAAAGCUCGCAACUCUUAGCCAGUAUGAAGAAGUACUUGCAAAAAUCAAUGCAACGUCCACAGAUCGCCUCACAGUCUUAAAGACCAAGCCACAGUCCAUCCAGAGGGACAUAAUCACUGUCUGUAAUGAUCCCUACACAUUAGCUCAGCAGCUGACGCACAUAGAGCUUGAGAGACUUAAUUAUAUUGGACCAGAAGAGUUUGUCCAGGCGUUUGUGCAAAAGGAUCCUUUGGAUAAUGACAAGAGCUGCUAUGGAGAUCGAAAGAAGAGCCGUAACCUGGAAGCAUAUGUGGAAUGGUUUAACAGGCUCAGUUACCUGGUUGCAACAGAAAUCUGUAUGCCUGUGAAAAAGAAGCACAGAGCAAGAGUGAUAGAGUAUUUCAUUGAUGUGGCACGGGAAUGUUUUAACAUUGGGAACUUUAACUCCUUAAUGGCUAUUAUUUCUGGCAUGAACAUGAGUCCUGUCUCUCGAUUAAAGAAAACAUGGGCAAAAGUGAAGACUGCCAAAUUUGAUAUUCUUGAGCAUCAGAUGGACCCUUCUAGCAAUUUUUAUAAUUACCGGACUGCUCUGCGUGGAGCCGCCCAAAGGUCUUUGACAGCUCAUAGCAACAGAGAGAAGAUCGUGAUACCGUUCUUCAGCCUCUUGAUCAAAGACAUUUACUUCCUCAAUGAGGGUUGUGCCAAUCGUCUUCCAAAUGGUCAUGUCAAUUUUGAAAAAUUCUGGGAAUUGGCAAAACAAGUCAGUGAAUUUAUGUCGUGGAAGCAAGUGGAGUGUCCAUUUGAAAGGGAUCGGAAGAUUCUGCAGUAUUUGCUCACUAUCCCAGUCUUCAGUGAUGAUGCACUUUACUUGGCUUCCUAUGAGAGUGAAAGUCCUGAGAAUCACAUUGAGAAGGACAGAUGGAAGACUCUGAGAUCGACGCUUCUGGGCAGAGUCUGAUGCAUGGGAUGGCUGCUGCUUCUGCUGCUGCUCUCACCAAGGGGCAUGGCAUAGUUUGUUUUUGUGCACUGAGUGGUAUUCAAAGUGAUGAAAACUGUGUAGUCAGUUGAGAUAACUUGUCAACAAAGAUGAAACAAGUUAACUCAAGAACAAACAGGCAGCUUCUCGUACCAGACAGAUGAGAUUAAAUCACAGCCCACUCUCAACUUCAGUAUUGACUGAGGACAGCACUGACAGAAACCUUUGAAGAGCUCAGAUGCUGCCCAUGAAUCAUUCCACACCUGGAUGGAAUAUUUUUUUUCUCUUCAUCGUGCUGGAACUAGCUGCUACAAGGACUCUGCAGAGCUGAUAUGAUGUUAUAGAGGAGAAAAAAAAAAUCACUGUACUUACAGUGGAAACCUGGGUCUGCAUCGACUUCCUGAUAAGCUGAAGAUAGCCAGGAACUCUGGUCAGGACUGCUAACAAGGGAAAAGGACUGGACACAACAAAUUGGCUGCUGGAGAAAGUUUCUCCCCACCACUGUAACGGUGGCUAUUUUCUUUUUCCAUUAUGUUUUUGAGUUGGCUGCUGGCAGGCAAACUCAUUGUAAGUUAUUAAAAAAUAUGUUAAGUAUUAAAAAAUUAAGACUGGUAGAACAAACACCUGCUAAAAAUAUAGUAGCUAUGUAGCGUGUGGACUAUUUUACAACUUACAGAGAGGUUUUUUCUUUCUUUCAGUUGUUUACAGCUAACCACUACAUGCUACAGACAUUCGUGUUUUUACUACACGGAUUUGUUACUCUAAUUUUCCAUAUUUGACCUUCUUAUAUUAGGUUGAACAAGCUGACUUUUCUAGAAUGGUCUCUGAGAAAUGGAUGUACAAACUAUGUUGAAAUAUGAAAGUAUGUUUUUAACUCAUUUUUAUAAUUGCAUUUUUUGAAGGAUAACAAUGGAGAACACAAUCCAAUUUGAUGGAGUUAGCAAGAUGCAAAAAAAAGAAAAGAAACAAAAAAAAAAAAAACAACAAUGAGGCUUCUUCCCAAGUACGUCUGUGAACAAAGCAGUCUUCUUGUUUGCUUUAUGGGUUAUUGUUCUGUGAAGUAAUUCACUGUGUUACACACCUAAUAAGUUUGUAGUAGCUCUGAAUACGUAGCCACUCUAUUUAUGCUAGGAAGAACCAAGGGGGGGAAAAGAAAUUGUAGCUGUAGAUCACCCUGGAUGCAAAAAUCACUAAGUAUAAGCAGAUUCCUGGCAGAACAGGUAUUUGCAAUUUAUCCUACCACUGUUAUUAAGAAAAAGAAUAAAGCUAUCUAUUUGUUGCACUGC